AUGGACGCUCCCAACAGCACCUCUCAAUCACAGGACCCUCAGAUUGCCAUCCCCAAAGAUAACACUCCCCCUCCUGCCUAUACUCCACGAAGAGUCCCUGACUUUUCUUCUCUGGCCGCCCGGAUGUUCCAAGCACGACAAAACACACUCACCAACAUCUCUGGCAGCAUUCAGCGGCCUCCACAUCCACAAGCCGCCUGCACUUCAAUGCUUUCUGGUGAUGUCUCUGAUGACCAAGACGAGACAUCUGAGGGCAGCUCACCCAUCUGCUUGCGGAUCGAUACAUCUAUUAAUGUGUCACGAAGCAACAAUAUUGUGUGUCUAGUAGCUACACCUGCAGAGCAGGCUAAUGCUAUUGCCAAAGCUGUUGUGCAAGCUUUACACGAGGGAAGCUCAGGACAGUGCGGUAUUCCAAUGAUCGAUGAAUCCGGUUGUCCUCGACCCUUGAAGAUCGAGGUCGAUGCUGGCCUCGUCGUUGAAGGCACAGGCAAUAUCAUCGGAAGCCGAGAUGUUAUCGGCGAGCUCGUCUCAAGACGUGCUGAAUCUUCACUCCGACGACCCCACGAUGAGAAUGAAAAUGAAGAAGACUUUACACCAGCAAAGAGACGACGAUCAAGUCGAUAA